AUGUCGUUUAAAUACAUUGGAGAUUCUGAUGAUGAUAAUAUUUUGAAGGUUAAGACUUCCAUUUUGAAGAUGGUUCAAGUUAAGAGGCAGGAUGUUUCCGAUGAAGCUUUGGAAGGAGAAUGGGUCUUGAGAUCCGCUCUGAACUUCGCAAGUGAUGGAGAAAUAGUUAGAGAAGUAGGUAGAGAGUUCCAGAGAAAAGGACCAGAAAAAGCAAAAGCAGAUUUGGCAAAAGAGUGUUUAACACGAGUUAAGAAAAAGCGAGAAGAAGACGAUCGUAAACCGGGGCGUUUAGGGUCAAUUAAUAUAUCUGAUAAGUACUUAGGAAAUAAUUUAGAUUGA